AUGGAUAGAUCAAGUUCGGAGCUUGGUCGUGCAGCGGAGGCCGUCCUCUCCGAGUUGCGAGGCAGCGGUGACUACCAGUCAAUCGCUCCUCCACCUCAUCGAAUCGCUUUACCCGGCCAGCCCCCCGUUGCUCCCGCCACGGGCAGAUAUCCAGCGACAGCUGGGGCACCAAUAUUGGCUCAUCGACCGGAGGAAGCGAAGGGAACGACCGUUUCCUUCGAAGGCUCUUCAGAGUCGUCCUCAAGUUCGCAGCGUCAUUCGGCUUCAUUGACAGAAAGUGGUACUACAAGAAGCGUACCCAUACACGGUUAUGAAGGAACGUCGGAAAGCGCACCCGGGCCACAGCCCUCUUCUAAGGAGGCCAUCUAUGAGGAACCACAUGAUGCGCAGAACGGCUGGCGCAUCCCAGAAGAACGUGAUGCCUGGCAACCCGUUAACUUCGAGCUGAAAAAAACCGACGCCGAAGACCCGUAA